CACAAUAGCUGCACGUUUCUACACAAAUACGUCAACCUUAGCCUUGAGUCUACUUCUUUACAUUAGUUUGACGUUUUUGAUAGAAUUGCACUUUUUCAACUUUAGUUAUUAGUGUGUAAUGAGCGUAAACUGAUGCCAUGAACCUAGAGAAUUUGAAUAACCUCCGCUACAGGAAACACGCAAAAUUAGGGGCGAGGCCACAAUGAGCUGCUUUAGAGAAGACAAAGAGCCGCUGCUGCAGUAGUGUUUUGUUACCAUGACGAACAUUUCACUGAGCUGCACGCUUACUUUCACUUUUAUCACAGUCUCUUGUUUACUGCUGUUAGCUCUGAUGAUAAGGAUUUAGCUACACACAUUCUAAAAGAUAAAAAAUACUGUAGUGUCACAUCAUAUUUGCAAUAGCAAAUUGUAGUAUUCUUGUUGUAAAUUGUAAGGUUCAAAAACACUGUAGUAUUAGGAAUUUUACUGCAGUUUACUGUAGUAUACUACAAUAUUUUUAUGUGGACAAAUAUAUUAACUUUAAACCUCUAGCGCCAGUGCUAUGUACACAAAAAGUUAACACAUUCCGUAGAUUAUUUUCCAUGGUUAGCAGGGUUUUUCCAGGGUCAAAAAUGGUCUUCGGUGGUGGCUGAUGAACACGAUCAUCAACACUUAAAUGUACCAUACUCAGGGUGUCUUAAAAAGUAUUAAAAGUUGAUAAAUAAAUUUAGAGAAAAUUAAGGCCAUUAAAAGUAUUAAAAAGUCUUAAAUGCCAUUUUCCAAGGUAUUCAAUUUUGUAUCGGUUUUUCAUACUUGUCCAAAGUAGGGAUGCACAAAUGUUCGGCAACUGAAAAUAGCAAAAAAAGCAUGACGUGCUAUGAUCAACCCGCGCAGAGAGAGAGAGAGAGGGGGGCGCGCGCUUUAUUAAUGACUUAAACAUGUCGGCAGUGUGUGGAGCAUUUUUAAGUCUCAGAGGAAGACACAGCACGGAACUUGCCGCGUCAGAGUAAAUUUCUGAAUGAAAGCGUCUUUACCGGUCGGUAACUUGUGUACAUCAGACUGGAGCGGGCGGUCUGACAGCAGCCCCGCCGCUUGCGACAUCCUUUGACAUCAUACAGUGGUCGCGUGCACACAAUUCCAUGUACUAAACAACUUGUCAAAGUAUGUACUGUGCAUCCCGGCCACGAGUCCACGUUCUGAGAGAACAAUCAGCUUUUGUGGGCGGAGUUUGGAGGAGAGACGUGAACUGAAAUGGUUUUCAGUCAGAAUUGCUUGCAUGGAUGUUUUUUUCUUUAAAUCGUUUUGCAGCGUAGCCAAUAAUAAUCCAACAGUUUUCGUUUAUUCAUAGUUUUAGCUUAUAAUGUUGAAGGACACUUGCUGUACAGUACAUUCUUUCAGCAGUCAGUUAUAGGCCUAAUAUAGGCUGUUCAAGAAGGGAGAGGGCUCAAAUUUUGUUUUAAUUUAGCCUACCCCUGUUGAAAUAAACAGCAUAUGCUGGGUCAGGUAUGUUUUGAUGCUGGUUUAACCAGCUAAGGACCAGCACAUGGCCAUCUUAAACCAGCACAUGGCCAUCUUAAACCAGCACAUGGCCAUCUUAAACCAGCACAUGGCCAUCUUAAACCAGCACAUGACUAGCUUAAACCAGCAUCAAAACAUACCAAACCAGCAUAUGCUGUUUUUUUCAACAGGGACUUGUUUUUGCUCAAUUUUAUUGGUAACACUUCAGUAUAGGGGACAAUUCUCACUAUUAACUAGUUGUUAUUAGCAUGCCUAUUAUUGGCAUAUUGGCUGUUUAUUAGUACUUAUAAAAGCACAUAUUCUGCAUGACCAUACUCUACAUGCCUAAUUCUGCCCAAUACCUUAACCUAACAACUACCUUACUAACUAUUAAUAAGUAACAAAUUGGCUAAAUAAAUAGAAGAAAUAAGAUAAGCCGUGUUCGGUAUUCUCUUUCUAAUAAACCUUGCAUUGGGUUAGUCACCCAAUGAAUUCUCUUGUGCUUCGUUCCCACCCUUCUAAAUUAUGUUAAUUAAUAAGGAGUUAUUACAAACUAAGUCUGUUUAGUUGUGCUAUCUUACAAUCAUUAUAUAGUAAAUGUAAGUUAAAGUGUUGCCAAUGUAACCGAUUAAAACAAAAAAGUGGCGAUGAGGUUUUAAAUUGUAUGGAAAGUCUUGAAAAAGGUCUUAAAAUGUAUUAAAUUUAGCUCCAUGAUUCCUGUAUAUACCCUGAUACUGCAAGCCCAAUACUGACAAUAAAACCAAAAUAAAUGCAAAGAAACAUUUUAUUUGUCAUGUUAUUAUGUUGUUGUUAUUUAGUUUUACAACCCCUUGCGAGUUUUAUAUUAGGUAUGAAAUUAUCUCUCACAGAUAUUACCUGUCAUUCUCACUCUCCUUUCUUGCCCCCUUUGCAAAAAAGCUGUCAUUUUUCCACUGGCCUUCAUUGAUUUUCAUUUGCCAGACCUGAUCUUUUUUAUAUAUAAGCAUAUCAUAGGGCAUUAAGAAAAAUGGCCUUAAAAAAAUUCUCAUCAUUUAUUUUAAAUAACAGUUCUUAAUGUUACCACAUAAAAUGUAUUUUAAUCAGCAGGUAGCUUACAGCAACUUGUGAUUUGUUCUUGUUUCAGAACUGGUUUCUGUCUAAAGUAAAUGAUUUUAUAGGUAAUUUACUACACAAUGUCAUAUAAUUAUUUUUAGACUAAAUCUUACUAACCACUCUUGCUAAAUGGCCUACGCACACUUACUGUACAUUCAGAGGGGUUUUGAGUGACUCAUUUGAGUGAGGCCUAGUCCACACGUACAGGGGGAUUUUUAUAAAUGGAGUUUUUCCUUCCUGGUUUUAUAAAAAAAAACAUCCACACGAAAAUCAAGAACACGCUAUAAAGCGCUGUCAAAUGCAUGCCAAACCAACAGGUGGCGAUAUAACCCUAACCAUAAAGCCGUGUUGGCCAAUCAGAAGGUUUCUAAAAAUCUUCACCCUUGCAGGAGUUUUCAAAAACGUUCGGUAUCAGUGACCGAGUACUGCGUUUGCAUGUGGAUGAACGGCCAAACCGCAUAGAAAAAACAGCAGUUUUGAAAAUACCUGUGUUCGUGUGGACAGGGCCUGAGUCUCAUGAGUUCAGUGUUUUACAAUGAAUCACUUCAAAGGAGUCAUUAGGUCAUGAAUCGGACAUGUUCGAAUUCAUUCGGCGCUGCGCAAACCGAUCGACAUCUGAUAUCAAACUUCAGCGAGAGUGUUUUUGAAAGCAUACGGAACAGUCUGUUGCCGCAGUACUUCACGCUACAUGCAGAUCGGUCUGCGCAACACAGAAUGAAGUCGAACACACACCUUAAGUUUGGAGACAGAGAAAGUGCACAGGGACUGUGUUCGCUCUUUCCAGCCGUCAUCUACAUCACUCAUAAAUCACAUUCAAGAAUCAAAUAAAUCUUUGGCGGGGGGGAAAUUUUGUUUGGGAGGCCGCUAAAAAAUUGUCAAUUUAGGAAAAACCCAGGGUAAUAGAUCAGACUGUAUGUAAAAUAACUUGUUGUCAGGAGUGUUUCUAGAUGCUGCGUACCAAAUUUCGUUCAAAUCGGACAAACGAUGUGGGAGGAGUUUGAAAAAGUAUGUUUUUUGAAAAAUUCACAAUAGCGGGAACAUUUUUAUGAUGGAAAGUUAUAAGCAAAAAUGUUUGUGUAACUUUGAACUGGUGGUGGCGCUAGAGUGUUUGAGUCAGCCUCCAAAUUUGCCAUGGUAACACAAGAGACAAAAAUUGUGCAAAAGAAAAAUGCAAAAUUUCAUAACUUUCCUAUGUAGGGUUCUAUGGGCUGCCUAGACGCAAUAGAAGAAUAGGAAAACUAACAGAUAAAUUAGGGGCCUUCAUAAAGUCUAAUGGUGGCACUGACUCAAAUGCGUUUUUUUUUACGAAGUAUUGGUGUUGAAUAAAUGAGGAUUGUGUUGGUAGAAUGCAGUGUAUUUUUUUCAUCAGAAGAGCGAGCUGGAGCAGCUGUUAUCUUUGUUAAAGAGGACAGAGUCUCUGACUGAAGAGCAGCUAGCUAGACUUAGUGUCCUCAUGUCAGACUUCAGGGCAGCAUUAACUAGAGUCCAGCCUUCUGCCAAACGGGAAGGCUUUGCCACUGUACCAGACGUCACCUGGGAUGAUGUGGGGGCACUGCAGGACAUCCGCGAGGAGCUCAAUAUGGCCAUCAUGGCCCCCAUCCAUAAUCCCGAACAUUUCCGAGCUCUGGGUCUCAACACCCCCGCUGGAGUUCUGCUCGCCGGGCCUCCAGGAUGUGGGAAGACGCUGUUAGCAAAAGCUGUGGCCAAUGAGUCUGGUUUAAACUUCAUCUCUGUCAAGGGUCCAGAGCUGUUAAAUAUGUAUGUGGGUGAGAGCGAGCGGGCUGUUCGCCAGGUCUUCCAGCGGGCUCGUAACUCGGCUCCAUGUGUCAUCUUUUUCGAUGAGAUCGAUGCGCUUUGCCCUCGCCGCUCACAACACGAGUCAGGGGCCAGCGUUCGAGUGGUGAAUCAGCUGCUCACAGAGAUGGACGGUCUGGAGAAUCGCCAGCAGGUUUUCAUCCUGGCUGCCACUAACAGACCAGAUAUAAUUGACCCCGCUGUGCUCAGACCUGGACGCUUGGACAAAACUCUUUAUGUGGGUUUACCACCCGCAACAGACAGACACGCCAUUUUAGUCACUAUUACAAAGGCUGGCACUAAACCCUGUCUGGAUUCAGAUGUCCAUCUAGAGGAAAUUGCACAUGACACGCGAUGUGACAGCUUUACAGGAGCAGAUCUGUCAGCUUUGGUACGAGAAGCAUGUGUUAAUGCUCUAAGAGUUCAUUUAUCCUCACGACCGGCUCAAACAGACACAGGCUCACCUGUUAGGGUUAGCAAAGUUCACUUUGAAGACGCUUUCAAGAAGGUGCGACCAUCGGUGUCUAAGAAGGACCAGUUAAUGUAUGAAAAACUGAAAGAGUCCCUCACAAGAUGAUGACUGCUGAUAAAACAGCAUAUCCACUGUAGAUAUCUUUUUUGAAACCUCAUCGUUUUCAUUUUGAAAACCUCAUCUGUCAGGAGCGGAGCAUCAUUGAUAACAUUGUGCUGUUUUUCUGCAUUUGCCCUGCACCGGGAACAUUUGUGAUUUAGGAUUUAAACUGGAUUUGUAUAUGCAAUAAAGCAUCUGUAAGAA